GUUGUGUAUUUAUGCCAUGUAUGCAUGGUUUACGUUGACGGCCGAUAAGAACUUGUCAUAUUUAGAUUGCCGAGGUUAUAUGGCCGUGCAUGUAAUUAUUGUUUUUUUUCGCGCAAUGUUUCCAUUCAUUCCACAUCCUGAUGCAGGGACAGUUUGGUGUUGACAGCUGAGUGGAGCAGCUGGCUAGAUAUAACCGUUGUUUGGGUUUGGAGUUUCGGUUUGCCUAUACAAAAGCAAAGAACUCACUUGAUCAUAGGAUUGAUGACCAGGGUCAGCUGAUGUAGGAUGGAAUGUGUGUUAGUGGAGAAUACAAAACGGCAGAAGAAGAAAGUCAUUACACCCAACACACCUGAACAGGACUUGUACCUGGCCAUAGAGCGAGGGGAACUUCAGAAUGUCCAAACUCUGCUGGAUAGAGGAGUGGACUUGUCAUACAAACUAGAGGGAUGGUCACCACUGACCGUCGCUUGUGAAUAUGGACAUGAGGACAUUGUAGAGGCUAUUGUGAACCAGUUGAAAAUUGAUGAGGAGAACAAUAAGAGUAGGCUGAGUGAUCGUCUGAACCAUGUGCCUGUGUUGGAGACACUUAAUGACAAUGGGGACACCCCUCUGAUAUGUGCUGCCCGAGCAGGGCACAUUGACAUAUGUAGCCUCCUUCUGGAUUCAGGAGCCUACAUCAACCAGACAAACCAGCAUGUCCGACAAACGCCACUCCUGGUGGCUGUAGAGCAGGGUCACAUGGAUGUGGUUGAUUUCCUGUUAGACUGUGGUGCUGAUGUACAGCUCACGGACAAUAUAAACAUCACACCGCUUUACGCUGCCAUCAAGGCACGGAAUCCGCUGAUGGUCCAGCGACUGAUUCAGGCAGGUUGUGACGUUAACCUUGGAAGUCAGGACCAUGCCCCUCUCUUUUUGGCAGCCAGACUCAAACUGCUAUCAGUUGUACAGAUGCUGAUAGAAGCAGGUUGUGAGAAGAACAUCACAAUAAAGUAUGGAGUCACCCCACUGUAUGAGGCUACAUUUAGGGGUCACACAGAUAUUGUGGAGUUCCUUGUGAAUGAAGGCUGUGACGUUAACAAGACGGACAUGUAUGGUGUUAGUCCACUCCAUAUUGCCUCCAUGUAUGGCCACCUGAACUGUGUGAUCCUCCUCAUCCUAGGUGGUGCUGACAUGAGGCUGAGAAUGCAACAUGGCCAGACCGCCCUACAAGUUGCCAUGGAGAUGAACCACGCAGAUGUUGUGGAGUACUUCCUUUCUAGAGGGGAGGAUAUUCUGAGUAAACCUCAUGGAAGUAACAGUCUGAAGAUAAUAGCCACAGUGUUUGAGAAGGGUCACAGAGAAACUGUGGAGGUUUUACUGAGAGGCUGUGCCAAUCUUGUCCUUUUACACUACCCCGGGGUCACAGAGAUGUUCUGUACUGACAAAUACCUGCUGGAGAUGUUGUUUAUGUCUGGGAUACAGACUAUCCCCGGAGUCCUCACAGUGCCUAAACUUCACCCCAAAUAUGUCUGCAAUCCAAUCGCUGCCGAGUGGCUUCAAGAGUACCACAAGAAACCGCGCUCUCUCAAAUCAUUGUGUCGUAUUCGAGUGCGGAGAUGUCUAGGCAAUAAAAUUCUUUGCCUAUCCAAAGGAUUGCCACUGCCAUCUAUCAUCAAAGACUAUGUGUGUCUGCACGACAUAUCAAAGGAAUAAAGUUUGGUGACUUAGAGAUAGCCACUACCAUCUGUCAUCAAGGACUCGGUGUCUGCGCGACAUAAAAUUUAUCUACUGUAAUCUAUAUAAGGUGAUUUUUUUUCUAAAGCAAGUUGGUUAAAAGUAGAAAGUCGAACUUCAUGUUGUUUCAAGAAUGUGCUUCAAGUUUGGCUGUAUCAGCAUAUUCCUCAUAUUCACUUCAUAUACAAUUAUUUUAGUUCAGAAAAAUCAUCGAAAAAUCAUAACUUUAGAUUUCGGGAGCUAUCUAUGCUCCUCGAGUAUGGACGUGUGUUACACAUGUAUAAAUGAAGUAUGAUGAAUCAGAGAAGUAAUGACAUCGCUGGUAACCUUUUGUCUUUCAUAGCCCAGUGUGUGCUUUUGGUAUAUUUCUGGUUAUAGAUGAUCAAGUUGUAUGUGUCAUGAUAUAUAACCUUUUUACAAAUCUUUUUAAUCUUAUUCAUGUUUUUAAAUCAAAAGCAGUUUGUCCAUGCCAAUUGUUUACAGGUAAUUAGAACAGUAAAUACAAACUGUUCUGGUGUCAGUAGAGAGCUUAGAACAAAGUGUUCAACCUCAUGUGUCAGUCUUUUAAAUUUAGAUAAUAUGAUUUAUUGUAUUUUAUUUUACGUGGUUGGAAUGAGUGCAAUGUAUGAUGUCUGCCUGGUAUUAAGAUUUUGAAUUAGCUUUGUUUUAUUGAUUUUGUUUAUAAUUACGGAGAUAUAGGAAUUGUGUAUUUGUAGUACAUGUAAUACUAAAAUGUUCAGCAUGUCUGAUAUUAUUCCAUCACAAGUUUUGUGGUGUUGAUACAAUAUGCCAACUUUUCAGUUGAAUUACAGAAACACAACUUGUAAUCAAAAUGGAAAUGUGGUUCAUCAGAUUUCCUCAAUAUAAAUACUAGUAAACACUAAUGCUAGAACAGAUUUAUAUCUGGUUUUAAGUGGUUUUCAGUUGUGUAUAUAGAUACUAGUAGACCACAAGUUUCUGCACUUUGCUUGAUAAAGGAAUAACACCAUCCAUUGCUAAAACAGAAGCAUUACAGUGUAUAUUCUUUUUCGUGUACAUUCAUGUAUCAAAAGUUUUAUAAACUUAAACAACCUUGGCAUAAAGUUACAUCACAUAGUGAACAUCUCAACACAGCCUUCAUUUAGGGAAUAUCAUACAGAAUGUAUGACCCAGUGACUCUGGAAAUUAGGGAUGCACGGAAUCUAGACUUCAAACUUUCAUGUUAAGCUCAGUUUUUCAAAGAAAGGAACAUACCAGUAGAUACAUUGUAGUAUGUACAUCUGAUAGAUUAUGUGAAUUUUGUUUUUUGGUUUCUUUAAGGGUAAAAACAUCAGAUUUGAGAAAUUAAUAUAACAUCUUUUAUCAUUGCUCUUCCAUUUCUUUCACAGUUAAUUUAUAGUCAAAUUGGAACAAGUUCUAUAAUAAAUCAAAUAUAUUUUGCUUGUCACUCUUCAGCAGUGUGGUUUUUUUUUGGAUAAAAAUAUCAUAUUUUGGUGAAUUUUGAGAAUUAUUGAUUUUGCAAAAAUUUAGUAAUUUUGCAAGGCAUCUUUAUAUUCUCUGAUGUCUACAAAGUAUAGAGUAAGCUAACAUACUAUCACUUUUUAAUGUGGAGGUACCAUUGAUUGUUUUGGGGCAAAAAAUACAGAAAUUUUAGAGAAUUUUGGAUUUUAAAUCUUACUAUACUGACAUGAAGGUACGACAGGGGAGACAUAUAAUUACAUAUGAUUCUGGUUUUAGUGGUGCUGUUCUUUGAUGAAAGAAAUAUUUUCGAAGGACAGAAAAUUUAUGAACUUAUGAUUUUACUUUCCUUUAAAAUGUAAUCAUCUGAUGAAUGUUCAUUUUGUUGAGGAUUUUUCUUAAAUACAUUUCAUUUGCUUAAUCUCAAUUAAUGUACAUUAGAUUUUAAUUGUAAGGAUUCUGAGGAUUUUUACCUUGGUAUAUAUCUUAUAUUGGUGUACCAGUGUACAGUACUGUGAGAAUUCAAUGAAUACUUAGUUGUGCUGGUUUUUCUGUUUUGAUUUUUACAAAGGAAUGAUUCUAUGAUAGAAUUUUAUUCUGUCAGUCUUGGGUAUAAUAGAGAUUUGAAAUAUUCAUUGACCAAAUUCUGACAAGGACCAUUGAGUUGUUUGCUGUUGGAGACGAUUUUGUUUUUUGUUUUGUUUUACAUUAGGUACAUACAUUGUACAAGAUUUGUUUCGCUGUUUAUCAGUCGGAGAAUUCUCUCUACAACAUUUUGUAUGGUACAGAUUGUAUGAUGAUAUUAGCAGCUGGUACUGCGUGUUGUUUUACAAUCUCUACAGUUUUCCUCUUCCCCUGGGAUAUCCACUAUUUUACCAAUGGGAGAUUUUAUCUCACACCCUGGACAAGGUUAUCCACAAUUUUACUGAUGUGAGAUUCUGUUAAUACCCUUGACAUGGAUACCCACAAUUUUACUGAUGUGACAUUCUGUUAAUACCCUUGACAUGGAUAUCCACAAUUUUUACCGAUGUGAGAUUUUAUUUCUUUUCCACAAUUUUACCGGUGUGAAAUUUUCUACAUACCGGUAUAUGCUCUUUGCAUAUUGUCAACAAUUCAGUAUUGGUCACAGCGACAAUACAAAGGUGUCACACCAAUAAUCGUCUUGCAUUGAUGUAACAUCAUUCUUAUAUAUGAGGAUCAACAGGGGAAGAGAAUAUGAUCAUUCAGGCUUUUUGGAGUGCGACACGGAGAUAGCAACUCGGGCUAAGAUUCUUUAGCUAAGCAGAGCCAGGUGUAACUUAAGAAUCUUCCUGCUCAGGUUUGGAUUCUCCUGUCUCAUUCUCAAGGGACUGAAAGAUUUUAUCAAUCUUCCAUUGGGCUUGGUUUAAGUGCUGUAAUUUACUCCAGGACAACCUCAUCUUUCCCUUGAUUGCUCUACAAGUCUUUCCUCUAUUUACAACACAACUCCUUUCACUUGAUACAUGACUACAUUCUCUGCUGUCUUGUUAUAUUAUUUGGUGAGUCAUACUUGGAUUUUGUCUGAAUGUGAUGUUGGUCUGUAUUAGGACCUUGUUUUAUAUGUUUUCACAUUUUCAAUAGUUUAAGGGCAGCUGUGCAUGCCCUGAUUGAUGAACCCGGUUUAUUAGAUUAUAAUUGCAAUUCUGGUCAUUUAUUUUACUUUCUAAAUCAUAAAUUGUUAUUAAAGUUUUGUAAAAUGCUGGAAUCUAAAUUAAUUAAGAAGUUAUUCGAGGUAACGUAAGAAAGUGUUGGUAACGAAAACUGUAUUACAGAAAAUCUAUUUAGCAUCAUAUUUUCAUUUUGCUAAAGUUAUAGAGUGAAAUUUAACGAUAAUAGGUAUAAUGAAAUAUAUAUGUUUGUUGACAUGUAUAACAUUUUAAUUGUAUGUUUACUUCUGAUGUAUAUAUUUAAGGCCUAAAUUCUGCCACAUCUAGUCAAGUUCGGUGACCCUUAUUACAGUUGCAUGUAGAAUAUCUAUGAUUUUUAGGUCACCUGAGACGAAUUCUCAGUUGCCCUAUUGUGAUCGCCUUUUGUCCAGCGUCGUGCGUCGUAAACAAUUUACGUUUUCAACUUUUUCUUAAUUACCAACAGGCCCAGAGACCUGAUAUUGGAUCUGUAGCAUGAUGGGAUGAAGGGCUAGCAAGUUUGUUCAAAUGGAUGACCUUGGUAUGGUACAGAUUGUAUGAUGAUAUUAGCAGCUGGUACUGCGUGUUGUUUUACAAUCUCUACAGUUUUCCUCUUCCCCUGGGAUAUCCACUACUUUACCAAUGGGGGAUUCUGUUAUUCAUUUACCCUUGACAUGGAUAUCAAUAAUUUUUAACGAUGUGAGAUUUUAUCUCGUUCCCUGGACAGGCUUAUUCACAAUUUUACCGGUGUGAAGUUUUCUACAUAUGCUCUUUGUAUGUAAUCAACAAUUCAGUAUUGGUCACGGCAACAAUACGAAGGUUUCACACCAAUAAUGGUCUUGCAUUGAUGUAAUGUCGGUCUUAUACAAAUGUAUAUGAGGAUAAACGGGGUAGGAGAAUAUAAUCAUUCAUGUUUUUUGGAGUGUGACAUGGAGUUGCAGGUAGAAUAUCUAUGAUUUUUAUGAUGAUGUUUUUCAGUUUAGCUAUUUGCCUGAUUUUUUAUGUAACUUUUAAUAACUUCAAAGUUAUCAGAUUGCUGCGAUUUAAAUAAUUCUAUAUGAAUCCCACUACAAGUCCAUGCCUAGUAAUAGGCCAAGCAACAGCAGUAAAAUUACCAUCAAAUGAAAGUCAUUGUCCUUUAAAAUGCCCACCCCUUCUCUUUACAUCAGAGGUAAAAUAUUAUGGCCCCCUGGCUGUUAAUAGGACCUUAAACAAAAUAACCCAUGCCCCCUCAGGAUAAAUAGGGUAGCAAAUGUACCUGGACAGAAUGUUGUGUGACCAUUUCAGACCUUGUUUGUUUAUUAGUCCAUUAUCAUCAGAUGGUGGGCUAUUCAAAUCGUCCUAUGCCUGUGGUCCGUUCAUAAACAAUCCUGGUUAUGAUUGUGAGAAAUAUUACAAGGAUAUCACAUGUAAUUUCCUGCAUGUCCCUAGUUGUGACAUUCAAUUCCGAGUCUGAUUGGAGGAACAAACAGGGCGACAUACAGUUAUCUGGGAUUUUGACAGUUGAAGUUUGUUACAUAUAUAAUUGUGAUUUCCUACAGAAUACUGGAGGGAUAUUUCUCGAACAUGAUAUUUAGGUUUCCCUUGUUUCGUAGUUGUGUGCAUUCAAUUUUGCGUUUCAUAAGGAAAACAAAAUAGCGAAUUGGCCAUCUUUGAUUUUGUCAGUUGAAAUUUGUUUUCCUAUUUUCUAGGUUUUUCUUCGAUAUCAUGCGAUGUUUUCCUUGAUGAAGAGGAAAAGAAAAGUAGAUAAAAGAUCCGCCUUACAUAGAACCAAUAAAGAUCACUCAUUUGAGUCCACUAAGAUUCAUCUGGGAUUUAUUGUUGGCUUUUUCUACCACAAUAUGCUAUGUUAUUCCAUUCUCAGGCCAUUGUAUACAUAAGCUGACUGUCGGAUAUAUAUGUUAUAUUCCGGUCUUUUGAUUGGUCAAGAAUUCAAACUUUGACCCGAACUACAAUUGUUAUUAACGUCACCAAUAAUAGAAUGAUGUCACAUCACCGGGUCCCCGCCGUCACUUGUACACCUUGUUUUCAUACGCAGAAUUAGACUUGGCCACGUUCCCCGUUUAUUCAAGCUAAUUUCAAUGUGGUAGAAACAGGUCACACGACUCAUAUUUUUUGGAUAGAUUUUAUUUCACACUCGUAAGUUAUUUUUUGAAAGUUACAAAAGACACUCGCUAAAACUUGUGUCUUUUGUAACUUUAGAAAAAUAACUUACUCAAGUGAAAUAAAUUCCAUAUCCAACAACCACUCGUUGUGUAACCUCUAUAUAAUCACUGCAUAUUUUACAUACAGUAAAUCACUGUUUUAUAAUGAAGUGCCUUGUACUUAACGUCAGAACAUAGCAGGUAGUUAUUGUGAUCUAAACAGUGAUAUUUGAAGAUCUGUUAGAGAACAAACCCAAUAAUAUUAGUACAUCGUAAUCAAUUUGUACAUAUUAGAUUUGAUACUAAUCUGGAGUCCAAGUUGGUUUCCUUUGGGAUUCAAUCAAGACACUCCUAAGUUAGUAGUAUUUAAAUAUUUUUUCAGUUGAUCCCAACAUUGAAUAGCAGCUGUGAAAAUCAACAUACCUCUGGUGAUGUUUGGGUUAUUUCAGGCAUUUUAUGUAGCUAUCAUAUUUAUCUUCAAUUAAGUCGCCUAUUAUUAAAGUGUAGUAUAUUUACUGUUAAUUUUUAUUUUAUUUUUGUGUGGGGGGGGGGGGGGGGGGGGUCAGCUUAUUUGAGAAUCACUUUGAGGAUUAAGAGGAACUUAUUUGUGGGCAGAGGCAUCGCUUUAUUUGCCGAUAUACAUGUAUACUGUAUAACGUUAAAUUGAUAUAUACUGUAUAACGUUAAAUGUUUGCAUGUUCUUUCUUUUUUAUCUUUCGUGGUUUGGAGCUUUCAAAUUAUUUUUUGGUUAGCCCAUGGGACAAUAAUAUAAUACAUACAAUAUUUUUUGUAUUUAUAUUGAUAUGUUGUGGUUCCAUAUUAACUACAAAAACAAGUUUAUUCAGAAUGAAGGUUUCAUGUUAUAAAGUACAGUACAGCUGUAUUCUAGAACAAUAUUUAUUCAGCGAGUGUUUGAUGAAUAUGCCUCUGUACACAAUAGAAUUCCUGGACUUCUGAAGAUAAUGUUUACUAUAGACAUGUAAGUUAUUCAACAUUUAGUAUCUCUGAUAAAUCUUACAGAUCACUAAUUUAUUUACAUUACCAUAUACAGUGUCUUUUUUUGAUGUUGUCCGUUUCUGUUAAUGAUUAUAAAUUGUUGCUUGUUUGUGAUGUUAGUAAUUUGAAGAAUAUGCUCACAAUGUUUCCAUACAGGUCAAUAUAUAUACAUUUCUAUGUGUACAUACAAUAGGAUGUAGAACUCUGCUGUCAUGUUAGAAACACAAUAGUUUUUUUACUCCAAGAUUUUUGCUGUGAAUGUUGAUAGUUAUCACUGCUGAUUGUCGCCACCAUACACGAUUACUAAUGGUGCUACCAGUCAAGUUUUCACUGUUCUUUAAUGGUUUAUCAUUAGCAUUAAAAAUGUUACCUAAUCAA